AUGCGUCAACAUGAGGCUGUAAUUGGAGAGGGUGUGCUGGAUCCAUCGUGGACUGUGCUGUCCAUCUUCCCAUCACCAAUGCUCUACGCUGGGCCAACAGAAGUGCAGUGGCAUGCGAGUAAUAAGCACAAAUUAGGAUAUCACGGCUUGCAACCUUCAUAA